UACGUUCUUAUCAAGUCAGCAAAUCAAAAAAAGAAUUUUGGAUAUGUGGAAGAAAAUGUCUCGUGGUUUAGACAAAUCUCGAAAGAAUGAGGAAGCGUCGAAACACAAAAAAUUGAAAUUUACAAAAAAAGAGCCUUUUUGCAAUAACAAACAUUCCCCAUAUGAAUCGAAGAAGUCAUCAACACGGCAACCAGAGAAAAGUAAAGCUCUUGUACCUUUGAAAGUCAGUGUUGUUCCGGCUUCAUUAAAAGGAGCUCUAAAAAGUGAAAACAAGAAAACAAUUGGGAACAAACGAGUUAGCUUCGACUGCGAUCCAGAAAUCCGAUAUCGAACAGCAAGUGACACCAGCAGUAACAGUACGUUAAAAAGUCUAAAAGUAGUCACAGACAGUGGCCCCAAAGCCGAUAAAAAGCAGAAUUCCAUAGGAAUGCUGAUGGCCACAAAUAAAAAUUCUGAAACAGAGAAGAAAUUUGAUGACUUAAUUAAUGAUAAGUGCUCUUGGACUUACAAAUCUAUUAAAACAAUCAAAUGUGAAACAAGCAGAAAAAACAACAUAGACCGACCUAUAGUGAAAAUACGAACAACGAAUAUUGAAGAGACUGCCUAUAACCAUGGUUCUAGCCAAAACGGUGCAACUUGUCUUUCAGAUGAAUAUGACAAUAUCGACGCAGAUAUAAAAAAGACAUCACACAAUUCCAAAACCCUAAAACAUAAUUCAAUGAAAGGGAAUCGACCAACGAAAAUAUCAGAUGAGCGCACAUUAAUGAGCGCGAUUCGUACACGUAACAGAAGAACCCUUAAAGCUGUUGAUUACGCAGAAUCGAAUUCAGAAAGCAUACAAUCUAGCAGCGAUGAAGGCCUUAUCUUUUUAAGUCGUAUAUAUGAUGACAAAAUGUUGAAUGACCCUCUGUGCAUCAAUAGUUCUGAUAAAAUUAAGAUCCCGAAAGAAAAUUCUCUAAAAGUAGGCGCUGAUGAGAGAGAUUAUAACAAUGCGAUUUCGAAAGCAAAUUUUUUGAAAAAUCACAAGGCAUCUAAUAACCAGAAUUUUAAAUCUCAGAGUUAUGACGAAGUAAAUGAAAUGGAAAAUAAUUCUAAUCAAGGGGAGAGUAAACCAUGUUUUGAAGAUCAAAACGACGAGUUUGAUCUACUAUUCGAUGAUGAUUAUCAAAAGAGCAAUUUAACUCAAAUUUCUUUAGUGAAUUCUUCCCUCCAAAAAACUGAUUUAUCAUUAUCAGAAGUACUGAGUUUACAAAGUGAAUGCGAUAAUAGUGAAUUUGAAGAAACGACAGAAAAUAACAAACCUGCAAAAAGUAACCUGGAUUCAGAAAUACUUCAGAAAUACAGGACUACCAGUACAGAAGUUCAAUCAGUUUGUGAUCAGUUAGAAACACCAAAUGAUGAUGAAAUUGUCAGAGAUUUUUUUAGUGGAAAUUUUAAUGUAGACAAAUACAGAUCAAAAAUCAAUAUAUAUAAAAGUACCUCAAUAAUAACAGAAAAGAAUGAAAAUAAUAGUAGUAAAUCUAAGUUUCCGGGUAAAACAAUACCAGAUGAUUCGCUGGAAACUUAUUCUAAAGGUGGAAUCCACUCAACGGAAAAAUCUCGAAAAUGCACUAACAGAAAUUUAGAUAAUACAAAAGAUAUUAAAGGAAAACUCGAUAAAUCGGACAAUAAAAUAAAUUUCAACUUUGAAAACAAGAGAAAUUCAGUUAAUCUAAAAGAACAACACUUUGAUAGUGAUCAAACUUCAUCAGGACAAGGCAUCGAAGAUAAAAUAAACGAUGGCAGUAGCGCAAAAUGUACAAAGAAAACUCCUAAAACAUGGGAAGACCUAGAAGCAGAUAUAUUAAACAGAAAUGAGCAAAUUUUUUUCUUUCUGCAGCCUGAAACUGGUGAAGCAUUUUUAAAAGAUAAAAAACAGAUAGAAAUUGGUGAAAAUGGAUUAAACUUUAAUAAGUCAAAAGGUAAUUUUGGAACUGCAAAUAAAUGGGGCAAUGUCAAAAGUAAGCAGGAAAACUCUGAACAUUUAGCAAGUAGUAAGAAUCUGAAUAAUGAUGAUGUACUUCAUUCUCCCAAUGCCAGCAUUAUACAUCGAGUCAUCCAGAAAAUGCAACAGUGCACAUCUCCAGUUCUAACACCAAGCAAAAUAAUAUCACAGUCGGAAAAACAUCAGGAAAGCCCGCUUCUUUCAGAAUACAGUUAUUCAGUUCAAGAAACAAAAUCAGUUUUUACUAUUGAAAAGAAAUUGAAUGAAAAACAAACUGAACAGUCAAAAACUAUAAGCAAAGCAUAUACAGCAAAAAGUGUGAAGCAAAAAAAUUAUAGAUUCAAUAAAAGGCAUGAUACCAAAUCAGUUCUUGAUUCACCUGAAACAAGGAUUAUUAAUCAAAUUUCAGGAAAACUGGAUGAGAUUUCUAGAGAAAAGAACAAAAUGUUUUCAAAAUGCCUCAUGACUGAUAAUGAUAAUCUACAUGAAAAUAAUAAAAUCUCUGAAAUGGAUGGUUUAACUUCCGAGCCAGAUAAAUAUCCUCUACUACCUCAAGAUUUUUGUUCAAAUGUUAAUGGAUCCUAUAACUUAAGAAAAAGGAAGUUGAUAAAUAAUACUUAUAAUGCCACAAAAAAACAAACUAUCACAAAAGUAAUAAAUCUGGUUGAAAACAACAGUAUAAAUGAGUAUAAAAGAAACAAUCAAGAUAAACAAAAAGUAAUACAAAAACCCUCAAGAGAAAAACCUGGUAUUGAAAAUUUUGAAUUAAAAAAUAAGAAAAAAAUAGUAACCAAAAGCGACUUUAUGAAUAGUUUUACAGAUGAAUCAGAACCCGAAGAUUUAUUCCAAAAUGAAGAAUUAAGCAUGACUGAUAUUACUGACAAAAAAAUCAGAUGUGAAGGAAAAAGUAAAGACCAUCGCAAAACAACCGAAAUAAGUAAUAAAAGGAUGUCUUCACAAACUAACACUCAUUUAGCAAGUGGAAAGACAAAAUCACCAGAUCAAAGUUUGCAAAAACAAGGAUAUAGUGCAAAAAAAUUAAAGGAAGCAAAUAGACCAAAAGAAAAGUGUCAAAGAAAUGAUUCAAAGAAAGAGUAUGAAAAAUAUUUGAAAACACUUUUUAGUUCUAAUAUUCAGAGAGAAUUUCUAAAUAGCACAUCAGAGAAUACAGAGAAAAAAGGUAACAUAAGUUAUUCCAAUGCACAAAAAUUCUUGUGUGAAAGUAGUGAUGAAGAAUUCUUUUCACUUUCUUCUGAUACAGAAUUUGAAGAUGUAAAACAACCAUUCCCAAGAAGAGCAUCUGGCCUGUUAGACGAGAUAUUUGAUUGAAGUUUCGUUUCCCUUCGCAGUGUAUUAUUUUUUACAGAUCUACUUAGUUGAUAGAGAUUUUUAGUUUCAAGAAUCAACAAUAAAUAAUGGUUAAAAGUGUU